AGCUCGCAUAAACAUUCUAAAUCAGUGGAAAAGUCAUCGAGCAUGAGAAGAUUUGUUCCACGUGCUUACUGAUUACCGUUACAGACCUCUUACCGCUAGUCGCGGAUGCUGACUCCAAAAUGCAAGGGUACACCCAAGAACCUUCGCCACAGCCAUUAGCGAUAGUUACAGAUGAAACUGCACGUUAUAACGAAAGCAGUCAUUCAAACUUUUCAAAACCUUUCCAACGGGAAGAAUACAAGGUCUGUGUAAAGAAUGUUCCCAUUGAUAUGUCUAAGGAGAGUCUUGAGGCACUUUUCAGAAGCUGUGGGAAUGUUACAUCAGUCAACAUUUUGCCACCAAAACCUGAAAGAAACAGCACCAUUGGUUUUGUGGCAUUUUCAUCAGAGGAUGAGCUCAGCAAAGCAAUAGAUGCUGUUAAUGGUACUUUGUUAGGGGGUCACAGUCUUAGAGUAGAACAAGCAAUUCCUCGAGACAGAAAUACUGGGGCAUCAGGGAAAGAUUUUCAACAUCCUGGUGGUUAUCAGAAUACACAGUCAUUUUAUCAAAGGAGAACAGACCAACAACCUGGCAGAGGCCAACAUGAGCAGGCUGGAGGAAGGGGACAAUAUAAUCAACAUGUAGGGAGGGGACAGUAUGGGGAGGUUGGAGUAAGAGGACAAUUGGAGCAGCCUAGAGGAAGAGGGCAUUAUGAGCAGCCUGGAGGAAGAGGUACAUAUCAGCAGCCUGGAGGAAUGGUACCACAUCAGCAUCCCGGAGGAUGGGGCCCAUAUGGGAAGCCUGUAAUUAGAGGGCAACAUGAACAGCCUGGAGGAUGGGAACCAUAUCAGCAGCCUGAAGGAUGGGGGCAACAUGAGCAGCCUGGAGGAAGAAAACCCUAUGAGCAGUCUGGAGGAAGGGGAAUGUAUGAGCUGCCAGGGAGGAGAGGCCAAUACCAGCACCCUAGAGGGAGGGGACCAUAUCAUGGACACCAGUCAGGUGUAAUGAUGAGAUCGUUUCAAAACAUGGGUGUAAGUGUUGAGCAAGCAAUUUUCAAUCCAAGUGGACCUGGCCGAGGAGUGGGAAUGAUGCAAUCAUUUGGUACUAGCAGUGAAGUUGUGCCAGGUGGUGCCAGUAGUGUCCUGAAUGGAGUAACAAAUUCUUACCCACAUGAAGCUGAAGCUUUACAGACAAAUGGAGUGCAACAUAUGUGGGAUGAGACUAGUAGUCCAGAGGUACAGGAAUUGACUGGACGUUUACCUCAGAAUAGUGUGACGCAGGGUAAUGCAACCAACCUACAACCACAUGCACCAGUGCAUAAUGGUGGCCAAAGCUGUUAUAAGUGUGGAGGAACUGGCCAUUUUGCAAAGCAAUGUGAAUCAUCAGGGGGUAUAUCUUUAGAUAAAUCUUGUCAUGGUUGUGGAGAAGAGGGUCAUUUUGCAAGAGAAUGUCCAGCUGUAGCUAACUCCCAAAGGCAAAAAGGCAGUCAGGCCUGUCAUCAGUGUGGUGAAGUUGGUCACUUUGCACGGGAAUGUCCCAGUCGAGGAGAGAAUGGGGGGAGAGGAACAGGGAACAAAGUGGGUCCAGUUACAUACAUUCCACCAGAGCUUCCAAGUGACAUCAGUGAGCUUUUCCAGGAUGCACCUCAUAGUGGAUUGAACUUUGAUAAGUAUGAUGACAUUCCUGUGAAAGUUUCUGGCAAAGGGUCUGUUUCGCCGAUUUCAUCUUUUGAAGAAGCUGGGAUUUUAGAGCAAUGUUUAAAAAACAUCAAGAGAGCAGAAUUCACCAAACCAACACCUAUUCAGAAGUAUGCUAUUCCUAUAGCUCUUGAAGGCCGAGAUCUCAUGGCCUGUGCUCAAACAGGCUCAGGAAAAACAGUAGCAUUUGUUGUACCAGUGUUGACUGCAAUGAUUAAACAAGAUCAUCUUAGUGGUGGCUCCUUGACUGGUGAAAUUCCUGCUCCAUCAGCACUUUGUAUUGUACCAACUCGUGAGCUUGCUGUUCAGAUCUUUAAGGAGGUGUGUAAGUUUGCUGAUGGAACUGUUGUGUGCCCAGCUGUUUGUUACGGUGGAGUAAGUGUUCCACACCAGUUGGCUAAGAUAAGAAAAGGAUCCCACUUCUUGAUUGCUACUCCUGGAAGACUUGAGGACUUUGUCUCUAAAAAUGAGGUUAGUCUAGAAAAAGUACGCUAUCUGAUUUUGGAUGAAGCAGACCGUAUGUUAGACAUGGGAUUUGAACAAACAGUACGUAAGCUAGUGGAGAAUUUUGGAAUGCCUGAUAAAGUUCAAAGGCAAACACUUAUGUUCAGUGCAACUUUCCCUGAUGAUAUUCAGCGUCUAGCAGCAGACUUUCUGAAAGAAGAUUAUCUUUUUGUUAUUGUGGGUCGUAUUGGAGGAUCAAAUUUGGACAUUAGUCAGACAGUUAUCUCUGUACCAGGAGAUGAUAAACAAGAGAAAUUGUUUAAUAUUCUGCUCAACUCAGGAACCGAUCGCACCUUAAUAUUCGUAGAGCUUAAACGCGUAGCAGACUUCCUGGCGUGUCUUCUCUCUCAAAAUAACUUUCCAACUACAAGCAUCAGUGGGGACAGGACACAGCAAGAGCGUGAGGCAGCCCUGCAGGACUUCAGAAGCGGUCGAGCUCCUGUGCUUGUGGCGACAUCAGUGGCCGCGCGAGGUCUGGAUAUACCUGAUGUAAAACAUGUUAUCAACUAUGAUCUCCCUCAGGACAUAGAAGAGUAUGUCCACAGAAUUGGUCGAACUGGUCGGAUCGGUAACAAAGGAAGGGCCACCUCUUUUUUCCAGCCAGGAAAAGAUGACAGGCUUGCCCGCAGUCUAGUUAAAGUUUUGUCUGAGGCCUAUCAAGAAGUUCCAGAUUGGCUUGAGCACGUUGCGGAAGAAGCUAUAGGUUCGUCAUAUGGCCCUGCAGGUGGAAGAUUUGCCUCCAAAGAUAGAAGAGAGAGGGAACAUUUAAGAGGCAGUGGCUCUCGAGAUUUGAUGGGGGAAGUCAACAGGCGUAUGGAACAACUUGAUGUUCAGUCACAAAAUAGACCUCAUCCUGGGGAAGCGAACAGUUUAACAGAUCAGUCAGGUUACCCGGAUGAAGAGGAAUGGGAUUAAGUGGAACUCGUGCAACAUACUUUUUAGCGACGGGAAUCCAAAUGGAUUCUGAUUACUUGUUGCCUUUUGCUGAGACAAAAGGACAACUUAAAGGUUGUUUCUAUUUUCUGAACUAUUCGUCGAAGUCGUUAUUUGUUUAUGAGAUUUUUUGUUAAUAUGAGCAGGGCACACCUCAUCGACCGAAUCUGAUUGACCUCAGAGGGCGCCACCCCCACAAUCCCCCCCCCCCGAUCAUGUGGUGAGACGUCGGUUUUGCACAAGCUGUUGUUCCGUAAGAAACUGUAUUACUGGCAUUCUGGUGCUAGUGCCGAAAUCCUAGACUAUUGUAUCGUUAGCUUGAAGGAAGAAUUUGGGAGUGAGAAGGGUAAGGUGUAGGCCAAAGGGAAUUAUUAUAUCAAUACAGGCCAAACCAAGCCUAUUAGUUUACAUUAGACAACAAUAGAGAAGUUAGUUUUCUCUUUCCCCGUUGAGAGGCGAGUAAUCUUGCGGCGAGGUGCUCUCUUCUUCAUUGCAAGGUUAUAUCGUUACCUUACGUUACUAUGAUUACCUUUUCUUAUUAUUAUUGUUGCGUUUUCUGUUAUGUUGGGAAGAAUAAUGUUAUGUUGGGAAGAAUAAAAUCGAAACUAUCGCAG